AUGUCGUCGCCGUCGCAGACAGCACAGACGCUAGCACCGCGCUCCAGCUCCGUGGACACGGCGGGUACGGCGAGGCUUCCUCCUUCUUCGGCAGACUAUGUACCGGACACGUCGGCGAAAAAGCACAAGAUUCGGCUGGCUCCGCACAUGGAUGCAACGCGUUCGCUCGUCUUCUUUCCAACAGACUUGGAGCUGAUCGAAGGGGGACCUUCAAUCCAGAUUGGACGUUUCUCGGACCGCUACUAUGAGAACAGCAUCUCAGAAAUGCAGGCGGAUUUGGCAGCGGAUCGAUCAUCCACAAAUGGCCCACCUAGCUCCAGUGAAGUGCGUGAAAUGAUGGCCCAGGCCUCCCCCCAUCGUCAACCCGUCGUGCUAGGCCAUCGAAAACGAUGCGUUGCUUUUCAAAGCAAGGUCGUUAGCCGAUUGCAUGCAGAGUUAUGGGCGGACGUACAUGGCAAAAUAUAUAUCCGCGAUACGCGAUCAAGCAGCGGCACGUUCUUGAAUCGCCUACGGCUGGCCCCUGCUGGAAUUUUAAGUCGCACCUACGAACUUCAAGAUGGGGACCUUGUUCAGCUGGGCGUAGACUACCAAGGUGGCUCGCAAGACGUUUAUCGAGCUAUUAAGAUUCGUAUGGAGAUUGAUCGUGAACCGAAGCAACAGUCGCGUGAUUAUGGCGAAAAGAUGCUUCGCCAAUUCCAAUCCACGAAGGCGCAACCAGGUGCUCCAAGCGGCACGGCAGCUCCAGUUGGCCAAGGCUUGGACGAAUGUUGUAUCUGCUUGCUUAAAAUUCGGGUCUUCCAGCCCUUGUUCAUUGCACCUUGCUCGCACAUUUUCCACUACAAAUGCAUUCGACCAUUGAUUUCACUGCAUUACCCAGGAUUUUCUUGUCCGCUGUGUCGUACGUUUGCUGAUCUCGAAGCAGACAUUGCAGACGACUCUGAGGAGGAGAAGGCCAACGAAAACGGGGAUGGUGAUGAUGAUGAUCAUGACGAAGGAGCUGAUAAUUUUAACGAUGUGAAUGAGGGCCCAGCUCCGUUUAGUGAAGCAGUGGUGAAUGAUGAAGGAAGGCAGGAUGAGGAUCACGUCGAAGAGCCGUUAGAAAGUCCUACCUCAUCUAGUGAAGUCAUAACGUCGUCAGAGUAUGACGACGAAUCGAGCGAUGCUCUUUUAUCGCCCGACCAAGAGUCACAGGAGGAGCCAAGCUCUGCUUCGCCAUCAUCGUCUGUUUCUCUGUCCCCCGAUGAGGCACAGGAAGAGGGGACAUACUCUACACCGUAA